CUGAGAACUCUCUUUUCCCUGCUUGGGGGCGAGCUGAACCAGAUCCAGCGUGGUUUUUGCACCACUCUGGAUUGUUUGCCGUGAAGCCAUGGCCUCGCUGGCCACUGUGCUGCUCUUGUUGGCGUCGGCCUUCGCACAAGAGGCGCAAGUGGCACCCGUUGACCUGGAGGCCGACGCCCUCGAUGAAGCCCAAUCGACGGACACGGCAGCACGGACCAGUGCUGUUGCGGCCGGUGGUGAGGAGUCGCAAGUGGGGCCGAUCGCGCCUAACGUGGACAAUUGCUAUCGAGAAGGCUGGGGCUAUGAGGAUUCCUGGCACAAGGAGCUCAAUGGAGGCUUCGUCUCCAAUGCCCAAACCUGCCAGGAGACCUGCAAUCACAUGUGGUUCUGUGAUGUUUUCACCUACUACACUGACACCAAGAAGUGCUUCCUUCAAGGCAACCAAGCGAUUGAGAUGAUGAAGCCAACCGCCAUCAGCGGACCCAAGACGUGUUCUGCGACGUCCCUCUCCGAAGCCUUGAAGAUGACCGACCAAGCCGCCGUGAAUGCCGCACGAGAUGCCCAGGCCGCUGGCAAGAAUCUGCACCAGAUCAAGAUCGAUGCAGCCAUGGCGGCGAAUAAGAACGGAGUCUUGAUGGGCCUCUCCAACACACAGAAGGCACAGACCGUCGCGGGAGUGGUGGGUGGUGUGGCCGCCAUGUCCGCGGCCGGGGAUGGCAACAGUGUCACGCCCCAGAUCGCCGCCGCCGCCCGGGCGGCCGCCGACUUCGCCGACACGAACCACACACGGGCCUACCAAGCGCAACAGGCCAUGUACGCUGCGGGUGGCAUUGCUGGGGUCUUUUCCAAGUCCCGAGAUGAGACGGUGCAGGAUCGUUGCGACUACGCGGUGCGCGAGGCCUUGGACGCCGCGGACACGGUGCACGGCCACGGCUUGAGUCAAGAGCAGCAAUUGAUCAUUGCAGCCCAGGAAGGCGCCUUGGUCGUUGCAACCGCUGGGGCCACCAAAAAGGAGACGUACACAGCCGUCGACACAGCUUUGCGGAAAGUGGCCGCAGUCUAUAAGAAGGACUUGGCAACCCAGGAACAAUGGGCUGCGAUUGGUGAGGCAGCCGCCCUGGAAUGGUGGGAGGAGAGCUUCACUAAAGACACCGUGACUGAUCGGCUGGACUUCAAGGACAUCUUGCACUCGGCCCAGCGGGCCGGCGAAGAGGCACAAAAGUCCGGCUCCGGCCUGGACGAUGCAGUGCUGGCAGCGGCACAAGCGGCCCGAACACUUUCCAAGGAGAGGGGCUAUGAUGAGCGCGAACAGGCUAGACAGGCCUCCAUCGCGGGCGCCAACUUUGCCGCGUCGCUGCCGGGAGAUUUAGAGCCACGGGCGAUGGCGGCGCAAGCGGCAGCACACAAGGUCGCCACAGAGUGUGGCUUGCCCGAAGCCACGGCCUCCACUGAGGGAAAGAGAGCAUACAACUUGGUCAUGCACCCGAACCAAGAAAAGGCUGCAGUUGAUGCAGAGGAGACGAAGGCGGGUGUGGCAGGUGGCGCGGUAUCCGCCGGAUUCCGCGGAGCAGAGGAUGAGGGAUUGGCCGGUGCCGAGUUGGGUGCAGCCGGAGAAGGAAGUAGCCACGGCAACAACCUUUUGAUGGAUGGCGCUAUCUUUGUGGGAAUUCUACUGGCUGCGAUUGCCUGCUGCAUCUUGAUCUACAUGGGGCUCAACCACAGGAAGCAGACACCAACAAAGAAGAAGAGGCACAUCCAGUUGAAGGAGGAGGUUGAAGAUGAAGAGCAACAGCCCUUGAUGUCCAAGAAACAUGAGGCGGAGCCAGUGGCAGCUGCUCCUGCAGCCACUGCGCCCAAUUUGGGAUAUUUGGGCGGCCCCAACUUGCAGCACUUGGCGGUGCCAAUCACCACUGCUGCACCCUUGGUGACUCCAACCUUCCCUGCCGCUGCCGUCGCCACCGCCCCACCGCGUAGCGGAACGCUGGCCUCGUCGUUGGGCACCGUGGCGCCGACGAUGGGCACGUACCGCGUGUCCACCAGCAGCCCAAUGGCCUACCCGGUGAACAGCUACAUUUUGGACGGUGCACCCGCACAGCCCUUGGUGUCUCAAGCGCCAGGGGUUCAGAUUGCAACGACCAGCUUUGCACAGCCAUCUCUCCAACCAGUGCUGAUGCAAGAACAGCAGCUGCCCACUGGUCAGAUUCCCGUGACCGCUCACCUGAACGUGGGACACGAGGUGAAGCAGAUUUCUUACCAGGAGUGGCACGAUGCCUGGCGCCCGGGGCUGCCGCGCGACGUGGUCUUCACUAUCCCCGAAGGCGCCAUCGAGGGCGCUCCGCUCAUCGUGGAGGUCGAAGCUGGAAUUGUUGUGCCCACCACAGUCCCUCAAGGCGCAUAUCCCGGCGCCUUAGCUUGCCUCCAGCGUUAAGGCGGUGAGUAUCAGUGAGUGCGCUCAAGCCGAAAGCUGUGGUGACCUAGCUGUGGAGCCCAAGUAGGGGCC